AUGUCCGAUUACGAGCGAACAAUCCUCGAAUUCUACCAGCUCCCCACCUCGUACCCCUCAGAAUGGCCUGCAGAGAAAGAUGACCACGACUCCUCCGGGGACGAAGCCGACUCUAAGAAGCACAGCCGCCAAAAGUCGCGAUAUCAGGCUCUCCAGUCUGCCGCCGGCGAUGGCAAGGCUGCGGUAGGAAAAGCAGCUGCCAACAACCAUGUUUUAAAGGACGAGCCAGAUCCCCUGGGCACCACAGACAGCGUUGUUCGUUCGCUGAGAGAAAUUGGCCUCCCGGCACAUGAUGACGUGCGACUUCGCAACCGAUUCAUGCUGUCCUCGACUACCUUUUCGCCGACCCUGUUCUUAUCGCAGGUACACGAACACGCUGACACGCGCACGUUGCUCGAGGGCUUGGAUAUCCUUUCGCAGUCUAUCGAUCAAAAGUCAGCCUCUUUAAAGGUGCUUGUGGAGAGCAACUUUGAAAGAUUUGUCAAGGCAAAGGCAACUAUAGACAAUGUCUACAGAGAAAUGAAAUAUCGUGGAACCGAGACCAAUCCUGCAAGAGCUUCCGUCCAUGGUCGCCAUGCCAGUCGAACGAGCUUACGUGCCGGCAGGGCUGGCCUAAACAAUCCCUUGGCCCUGUCGUCCGACUCUCGAAAGAAGAAUGCUCUGAUUAAAGAAAGCGAAUACGGUGUUUUGGGCAUCAAAGUUCCCUUAUUGGAUGUCUCUGCCAAAGCCGAAGAUGUGUGGGGACCAGCUCUGGGAGGGCGCGAAAAGGAGGAACACUUGAGGUCAUUCCAAAGAUACGUAAACCAGUUCAAAGAUCCACUGGAGCUGAGCACCAUAAUAUCCGACUGUAUCAAGAGGAAAGACUACGAGACCUUGGUGGAAGCAUACAACCGCGCCAGGAAGUUUGCCGACGAUGCGCGCGCAGUAUCAAAAAACAUCGACCGUCAAAUGCCAGAAGAUGACCAGCUCUAUCAGAUCAUGGUGGCAGCUCGGGUAUGGUAUGACGUUGAUCGCCAAAUCCAAAGUUUCAAACGGGAUGCAUGGAAGAGGCUGUCUACCUUACACACAUUGUCAAAAUCCGAGAGUCACGUUGGCCGUGGGCCGGAUCAGCACAUGGACAUCAUCACUCUACUGCUGGAACUUGGUGUCGACGAAAACCCGAUAUGGGUAUGGUUACUGAGUCGAUACGAAUACCUCAAAUCCAAGAUUCAGUCAACGGCCGAGCACACAAAGGCAGAAAUUGAGGUGCUUCGUCGAAGGCUUGCGGCCAAUGAGAAGCCUUCUAAUAAAGUUGUGGCCACACACCUACGUACACUGGGCCGACAGAGCAUCGACAGUAAACCAACCUCGAGCGAUUCCGCAGAUGUCAUUGAGCUGUGGGAGAAGAUGCUUGCUUUUCUGACCGGCCUAAUGUCUCCUCAGGGCAUUCUUGGGGACCUCCUCGAGUUUUGGCAGACUGCACAAGGCUUCAUUGAGGGCAAUAUUCAGAGGACGCUGCCUACAGGCUAUAACGAUGAGUCUCAAGGGCAUCACCAACUAACACAGAAAAAUGUUACGGACCUUGAGAAGGGCAUCGUGGAAUUGGUGGACUUGUUGCGUGGACACAUACAUGACUUCUUUGCUGGGCUGCCCCCUGAAGAUCUUAGUGUGGUCUUCUCGCCGCUCCCAGUCUCGCCCAACUCACCAGCCUCAGCUGGCGGCUUCGGCAAUUCCCUGAGCCCAACCUCUACACGGGACCCUCGAUUCAAUUUUGACCCGAAUAACCCGCCGCCAUCUUCGCCAAAGAAGGGUGAGCCUUGGGAGAAGCUGGCGUUUUGGCCUCCUUGGUCAAACUCCAUUAGCGGAGUGUACUAUCUCUGCAGGAUGCUGGCAUUGGUCGGCUCAGGUGCCUCUGACCUUGCCACCAUCGAUCCCAUUCGCUCGGGAAAUAGCCAAGUUCUCGAGCAACUAAAGACUUUGACCGGUGUCUCCAGAGAGCGAUGCGUAACAGCUCUGUGCGCUGCGUGGAACCGGGACGCCGAGAAUAUCAAGUUUAUAGAGGACUGGCUGCCGUCUGCAGAGUCGGGAGAUGUUACGCGGAUGCCUGCUAGCUUUGCUGCAUUCGAGGGCGCUCUUCUAUCCGGUAUGCAGAAGAUUCUCUACAUCUCCGAGGCGAUGUCGAAGCCGGGAGCAGGCGACAUUGUUCUACCGCCGCCGGCCAAGCUGCUCCAGAUGGUUCGCAGCCAGUACGUAACCACCUUGUACAAGGCAUUGAGUGGUAUGGUGGAGAAUGCAGAGCGAUCUGUCAAGAAGACGGAUGACGAGUGGUCCAUUGGCCAGGACGGGGUUACCUCCAGCAUUGCUGCAUCGUCAGUGGGCAAGAGCACACUUGAUGCCGGAGACCGAAACGUUCGAAUGCUCCUUACAUUGAGCAAUCUGCAGGCUCUGCGGUCUCAAGUAGUCCCUAAUCUGAACUCGCAAUUUGAGAAUGCAUUUUCAGUCAAGCUUACGGACGAGUCCAAGACUAUCAAGGACGUGCUUGGCCAGAUCGACGCUCGCCUCUUCCAGUCUUACACUAAGCAGGCUACUGAGAAGCUGCGUGAGAUCAUCCACUCUGGCCUCGCGGACCAUGAUUGGGCACCAGCGCAAGGAGAACGGCCUCAGACGGCCAAGCCAUACGUAUACGAGACGCUUCUGACGCUUGUUCUUGUCCACUCCCAGGUUUCCACUACGGCUGCCUCACUGACACCUCAGGUCCUUUCAUUCUUGCUGGAGCAGACAUCUUUGCAGCUGUUGGAUGCGUUUCGCAAACGUCCGCGCUAUUCCCUCAGCGCCCUCAUUCAAGCUACCCUCGACGUCGAGUUCAUUGCCCAGACGCUGAGCCAUUAUACCACUGACAAGGCCUCGGAGCUGCAGAGCCAAAUCUACCAGGAGCUGGACAGCCGCACGGACAACGACGCCCGCGCACGGCUGCAGAACGAGCUGCCUGAGAUGCGCAACGUGCUCAAGAAACUCAGGGAGGCAAGCAAGAACGAAUUCGCUUGCUUCAAGAAGCCCAAGCGUCCGGGGCAGGGCGUUUCGCGAGUGGACAGUGGAAGCAUGUCGCCGACCUAG